GAGCCUGCCCGGAGCGCGGCCGGUCAACAAGCCGUUACGGCCCUUCUCCGUUUGCGCAGCUACCAGUCGUUCGCAUGCACAGUGCCGCGUCAGUACAUGCGGUAACAUUGCAGCGUGCGGAUCAUCGUUCCUGAUCCUGCGGAGCCAACGACGCACCUUCCGCGAUCGCGCCCAUCGCGGCUGACAGUCCCGGCUCUGGCCCAUCGUCGUUGAAUCGCGGAGAUAAACAGCGCGUCGCACAAUCGCUCGUCGUCUCCGAGAGCGCGGCACUCCGGCAAGGUUCGUUAAACGCGACACCGCUGUUGUCGUCGUUGCUCCGAGUGAAAAAAAGGAUCGAAUCCAUCCGUCGAGCAGCGAGAUCCACGCAGACGGACAUAUAUCGUGACCAUGCCCGCGGACGCCGAGCUCAGCAACCUGCUCAGCAGACGACAGAGGAUCAACAAUGAGCUCGAGGAGGGCAAGGAAGUGAAGAAGCAAUACAAGUUUGUCAACGUCUACACCGAGUUCCACGAGUUGUCGCGUCGCGAGAUCAAGCAGUACGAGCAGACCUUCAACAGAUUCGACGAUGGCCGUGACGGUUACCUUGAUCUCGCCGAACUGAAGCGGAUGAUGGAAGUCUUAGGUGCACCGCAAACACAUCUCGGUCUCAAGGCGAUGAUCCAGGAGAUCGACGAGGACGGGGACGGCCGCAUAUCUUUUCGUGAGUUUCUGCUGAUCUAUCGCAAGGCGCGCGCUGGUGAGUUAGAACGGGAUUCCGGAUUGAGCCAGCUGGCCAGACUCACCGAAGUCGACGUCGAUGAGGUCGGAGUUACCGGUGCUAAACACUUUUUCGAGGCCAAGAUCGAACAGCUUCGAAAGGCGUCGAAAUUCGAGGACGAAAUUCGCAUGGAGCAGGAGGAGCGAAAGCGAGAGGAGGAGGAAAAAGCGGCGAGGCGGGAGCAAUUCCGGCAGAAAGCUGCUCUCUUCGGCAAUAAUUAAGCGACGAAGGAACACGCGAAAGCAGCAACCAGCACCUCGAGUCGUUGUUAGAAACUACGACGUAGAAUCGCCGUCUAGAUCGUUAGGUUUAUAUCCCCCGAUGCUCUCGAAGCAGAGCGAGCGGUCGCGAUAUCGAGCAUCGCCGACGAGUGCGACUCUAUAAAGAAUUUAAGUGCGCGCUCCGGAGCGACGUGAAAUCGCGGCACGCUCACGACGGUGAUUGUUCGUCGAACUGCCGGAGCACGGAUCGAAGCACCGUGGUAUAAUUACAACAAGUCCCGUUUUCUCUUGCAUUUUAAUAUCGAGACAUAAACUUGACGAAACCGUAAAACGUAAAACGCUUUUGAUCCCUGCUCCGGAGACAGGAAUAGAAUGUUUUCAAUAUCGUGCUUCGGGCGCGUUAACAUGUCACGUCUAUGAAUAAAUGACGAUAAGGAGAUAGAUAGUGAGUUUUUUUCGGAGAGGCGCUAUUUUAAUUCUAUAUUUUUUUAUGCUACAUGGCGAUUGUCACAUUCGUAUCACGUUAUUGUGGAAAGUUUCUGAUUCAGAUAUAUACACGUGAAAACUUUGUGUAGAAAAGUCGGAGAUAUUUUGAAUGUUAUUGAUGACUAGUUGUUCGAUGUAUGUCUAUUCUACGGAGACAAUUUCAAAUCUGACACAAAGUUCUUACUUUAUGAUGCACUGCAACCUUCGUGCAUAAAA